UCAGUCGGUUAGUUGAUUAUUUUCGCUUCGGUCGGCCGCUUGUGUGUACGUACAAGUUGAGUACGUUUUGCUAAUUUCACCUUGGCUCGCCUUGUCAACAACGAAUAGUCAGUCAGUCGGUCGGUUGAAUAGUCGAGGCAGACCGUCGAACAUUCGAUACAUACACACAUACAUCGUAUAUGGGGAUGUAGUUAUGUAUGUACGUGAAUUUGGUUAUAUGUAUACAUACAUAUGUAGCGCAUUGCACUGCAGUUACUAAGUGCAAGACAGUGGGGCGUAUUGCGAAGAGACGAGACUACACGAGACGUGUCGCGACGACGCGCAACCAAUUGAAAACCAAUGCAAAAGCAAUGGUAUCUGAGUAUCUUCUCUGCGCUCAUAACUGUCAGUAUUGGUCGCGCAGAGCGUACAUUGUGACGUGUGUAAUCGUUUGAUCAGCGGUUGAAAAAUUAGUAAGAAGGAAGCAAAGACAAAUUUGCAAAUAACAAAAGAGAGAGGGGGAAAAAACAAAGUGAAAAGUGAAAAACGCAAACAGUACGGUAAUAAAUACCAGAGAAAUGAAGUGAUAUAAAACCAGUACAUAAUACAGAAAACGCAAGACAAAAACAUAAAUUCGAACUGGUUUGAGUACAAAGUAAAAUACAAAUGGCUGUGAGAUAAGUGUAGUGAAUGUUGUGUAAAAAAAUGGAAAGAACAUAACCCCAAGGCAAUUAACAGUGACAGAGGUGUGUAACAGCUGCGAGAAGAAACACAAAUAUUUUGUUGUUGGGUACAACAAGCCGUGGGAAGAGAGAACACAGGCAAGUGGCAGUGACGGUAUUAACAGUGCAGCACCGUGAUAAUUUAGUACGCUGAAUAAGAAAAGGUGUAAGGAACACCAUUGAAAAAAUUAUAACAGCAUAGGCGAGUCGCAACGAACAAAGUGAAACAUUCCGGCAACUUCGAGUAAUGGCAGACAAAGCCACAACAACAGUAGCAACGAUAUGUUCGGCCUUCUGUAAUUGCGGCGCUUUUAUGUUACUUUGCUCUUCUGCGCAAUCUUAAACCAACAAACAUAUUUGCAUGCAUACAAACAUACAUACAUAUAUAUGUACAUACACACUUCAUACUACGUGAAAUUUUUAAACGGCAGCAUCUCGUUAUCGCCUCCAACUUCACGCUUGUGCUCCAUUGAGGAAUAAAAUAAAAUCGAAACCGCGGAAUAGAACGUGAACAAAAAAUUGCGAGUGGUAGUUAGCGGCUGUGAAUGAGUAACGAAAAUCAAACAAACCACGAAAUUCCAUAGUAAACACACAAUAAACAUCGGUUGGUUUCUUGCUCUGGUCAGUCAUCUUCGUAUAUCCAAGCAAAUCAACGGCACAAGCAAAGGCGCACGCAAGUUGGGCGCUCGCUUUGUGUAGUCAAUAAUUUAUAAAAACAAAAAAGAAUCGUCGUUGAAAAGGCGAGUACGUGCUGUCAAAAUACAUACAAUAUUUAAUUCCAUACAGUUGUUAAACUGCAAUAAAACGAAGGCAAAAAAAAAAAAACACGCUAUAAAAAGAAACAACAAAAACGAAGAGUAAUCUCAUGGUGUCUUUUGAACUCUGCAUGCCGAGUGAUUGUGCACUCGUUUGUUUACAAUACAAACACCGUGUUAGUAUUCGUGCUUUGUUUAUUUGAUGAUAAUGGUGGCGGCGGCGGCGGUUACGGCCAACUAAACGAGCAGCUGUUUCGUGCCGGUCGUUCGUUUGUUGUGUUCAUACCGAUCAGCUGAUUUCUCUUUGCCUUGCGGGGCCAACCGACCUAACGAGUUUUUUCAUCAACACGACGUGAACGUGUGUGUAAAAUUAAUUGCUGCGCUCUUGUGUGAAUUGUUGGUUGUGUUGCAAGUUGCAACGUGCAUGUCGUCUAAUUGUGCGCAUAUGUUGCCUGCUGCUUCGGGCUUUGGCAGCGUCGGCGCUGGUCUCGCUGUUGGCGUCGGCGGCGGUGGUGGCGGCAGCAGUAGCAGCAGCGGUGCUGGCAGAUUUACAUUUUUGACAUCUACAUCCACCACUGUAGUGCAGCCAAUUUUUAGCGAAAUUGUUUUAACGGCGACAACAGAGGAGCAGCAACUGCAGCGUCAAUAUUCAAAUACGAAUUUGAUAACGAGUGCAAAGUCACCGAUAGCGUCGUCGCGCGGCAAGCGGCGCUGUUUGAGUGCAAAUGUGUCAGCUCAACAAAAAAUUGGUCAUACAACUUCGGCGACAACUAAACGUAAUCGUAAACUGUUAACAACAGUGGCAGCAACAGGAAAAACAAUCGCAGAGAGAAUGUCCGCCGGCGCUCAAUUGCAGAUGGCACCCCAGACUACAUCGUCGAUAAGCCAUCAUCAUCAAACACAGCAGCAACAUCAUUACGGCACAGCACUUCAUAACCCACAACAGCAGCAACAACAACAAAUAUUAACUCAACAAAUAACGCAAACACAGCAGUUACAACAGUUGCAACAGCAGCAUAUAACUCAUCAUACGGCACAGCAGCCACAGCAAUCGCAGUCGCAACAGCAACCUCAGCCAUUGCAUACGCUAGCUAAUCAUCAUCAUCAUCAACAGCAGCAGCAGCAGCAACAGCAACAGACACAACUUACACAACCACAUACACAGUUGUCGCACCCUCAACAGUUGCUGCAGCAAACGCAUAGUGCACUCGCGAAUCCGUUGCAGCAGCAACCAGCUGCCCUGCAACACACGCAUAGUGGCGGACAUAGCAGUAAUCACGAUUCGAAUAUGAGCACAGGAUCAUCGCAUAGCGAAAAAGAUGUUGCCGACAUGUUAGGUGCAGCAGGCAUUCCCAGUCAAAUAGGUUUAUUGUCCAAUAACGGUGCCCCGGGGGCUAUGAUGAGCAACAGCGGUUUAGGUCAAGACGUAACAGGUAUGAUGGGAGGUGGCGCAGGCGUUAGCAGCAAUCAGCAGCAACAAGUCCAGCAUAACAAUAUGGUCGGCCGCCUUGAAAAGCCACCACGUACGCCAACAGAGCGAAAGCGAAAGCGGAAAGCUCCACACACUGAAGACAGUGGUGGAGGUGGAGGCGCUGGUGUUAGCGCAGGCAGUGGUGGAAGUGGAGGUAAUAACGCUGGAAAUGCGACAAUAGUCGGCACCAGCAAGACAUCCAAAACCUCUACUUUGAUCACAAGUGCACAGACACUCAACAAAGCCAAUUUAUCAUUGAAUAUAGGUGCACCAGCGGAUCGCUGCAACUUGCCUGGCGGCAAAAAUGCUCGACUACUUCAACAUAGUAGCAUCGAUAACAAGAAAAUCAAUGAAUACUUCAAUAAGCACAAUGUAACAACCAGCGGUGCCACAAACAGCCCAAUGCGUCCGCACACGGGCGGCUCGAAGAGUCCAUCGUCGGCUGGUGCCGGGCAACAGCAACAAUCGGCUCAGCAGCAGCAAGUGCAAAGCGCAAGUAAUGCCGGUGGUGGCGGCACUACGAACGCUUAUGCUAUGUAUCCACCUAGUCCCCAACAAAUGAAUCCAGCAGGCGUGCAAACGCCUACAUCGCAAGCGCCCCCAGAAUUCCAUCACUACUCCACUGUGGGUGUAAACAAUGCUUCAAAACAGCAACGUCAAUCACAACCACAAACUUCCAAUGCAAUGGUUCCUCCGCAGUCGGCAAUAGUCGGCGUGUUGGCAGGCAGCAUGAGUAGUUUAGGUGGUGGCGUGGUCGGCGGCCCACCACCACCGCCCAUGGGUCCGGCGCAACAACAGCAUAUUCCCGCAACAUCGGUUGCCACCUCGGCGCAACAGACCCUUACCAGUGGCGUAACCUCGCAGCAGCUGGCCGCUGUGCAGUUAAACUCACUGCAGCAUGCCGGCAUGAUCCCGGGCACUUUGGGCGGCAUGCAACCACCGCUGCCUCCAAUACCCGCCAGCACCAUAACAAAGGGCACGCAAACGGACCUCUCGUUCCUAGAGAUAAAGGAGCGAGACACUGAGAUCGAAUCGAGCAAGUCGAAACUCGACGAGAUGACAAGACUGUCUGAUGAGCAGAAAUGCCAGAUAAUCGCUCAUCAGAAGCUGAUCGACCAGCAUAAGUCGCAGAUCGCCAAGUGCAUCGAUGUCGUGAAGAAAUUGCUUAAAGAAAAGAGCAGCAUCGAAAAGAAGGAAGCGAGACAGAAGUGCAUGCAAAACCGUUUGCGUUUAGGGCAGUUUGUGACGCAGCGCGUCGGCGCCACAUUCCAGGAAAAUUGGACAGAUGGUUAUGCUUUCCAAGAGCUUAGCCGGCGGCAAGAGGAGAUUUCGGCUGAACGCGAAGAAAUCGAUCGUCAAAAAAAGCAGCUGAUGAAAAAACGUCCUGCGGAAUCAGGACGUAAACGCAACACAAAUAGCAACAACAACCAGAAUUCAAAUUCUAAUGAUUCGACUAAUGUAGCUGGUUGUGAUCGUUUGACGGGCGGUAGCGACAGCGGCAUCGCAACGACUGGUGGUGGCGGAGGUGUUGGUGGUGGUGGUGGCCGAGGUCUCUCGCGAUCGAACUCUACGCAGGCCGGUCAAACACAAUUGCUGCACAACGGUGGAGGCAGCGGUGUUGGCGGUAGCAGUGGUGUUGGUGAUCGUCUCUCCGACAGAGGCGGCGGCGGCAGUAGUGGUGCUGGCCGCGGCGAUAACAGCGGAGAUGCAACGUUCCUUAAACCCGAUCCCGUUUCAGGGGCAUACACAGCGCAAGAGUACUACGAGUACGAUGAAAUAUUGAAGUUGCGACAGAACGCGCUCAAGAAAGAAGACGCGGAUUUGCAACUGGAGAUGGAGAAGUUGGAGCGCGAGCGCAACUUACAUAUUCGCGAAUUGAAGCGCAUUUUAAACGAGGAUCAGUCUCGCUUCAACAACCAUCCAGUCUUAAAUAAUCGAUACUUGUUGCUGAUGUUACUGGGAAAAGGCGGUUUCUCCGAGGUACACAAAGCAUUUGAUCUAAAAGAGCAACGAUAUGUAGCAUGUAAAGUUCACCAACUGAAUAAGGAUUGGAAGGAGGACAAGAAAGCCAACUAUAUUAAGCAUGCAUUGCGAGAAUACAAUAUACAUAAGGCAUUGGAUCACCCCCGUGUAGUCAAGCUGUAUGAUGUGUUCGAGAUAGACGCCAAUUCUUUUUGCACAGUCCUCGAAUAUUGCGACGGUCAUGAUUUAGAUUUCUAUCUAAAACAGCAUAAAACUAUACCCGAACGUGAAGCGCGCUCGAUUAUUAUGCAGGUUGUUUCGGCUCUGAAAUAUCUGAAUGAGAUUAAACCACCAGUAAUACACUAUGACCUGAAGCCAGGCAACAUACUUUUGACAGAAGGUAAUGUGUGUGGAGAAAUUAAAAUCACCGAUUUUGGUCUAUCAAAAGUGAUGGAUGAUGAGAACUAUAAUCCAGAUCAUGGCAUGGACUUGACUUCGCAAGGCGCGGGAACCUAUUGGUACCUACCGCCCGAAUGUUUCGUUGUUGGAAAAAAUCCGCCAAAAAUCUCAUCGAAAGUCGAUGUUUGGAGUGUCGGUGUUAUUUUCUACCAAUGUCUUUAUGGCAAAAAACCUUUCGGCCAUAACCAAUCGCAGGCCACAAUACUUGAAGAGAACACAAUUCUUAAAGCUACAGAGGUGCAAUUCUCCAACAAACCAACUGUCUCAAAUGAAGCAAAGAGUUUCAUACGUGGCUGCUUGGCAUAUCGUAAAGAGGAUCGCAUGGAUGUGUUUGCUUUGGCGCGACAUGAAUACAUUCAGCCGCCCAUGCCUAAGCAUGGUCGCGGCCAAUCGCAGAUGACGCAACAGCAGCAGCAGCAACAACAGCAGCAGCAGCAACAACAACAGCAACAGCAGCAACAGUCGACCACAUCACAGGCGAAUUCCGCUGGGCAGACUUCUUUUUCGGCGGGUAUGUUCGGUAAUCUGAACCAGUCGAGCUCGUCCUAGCUGCAGACGAAACGUAACUCAAAUUCCUAAUUGCUGAUGCUGAUCGCGAAUAAUAGUAAUAAUAACAACAACAAUAGCAGCAGUAACAACAUCAAUAGCAACAAUUAUUACACAAACCGAAAUCGUAAAUAUCAUUUGAACUACAGCAGCAACAAAAACAAUAGUCACCAACAUAAUCACCACAGCAGUUAUAAUAAUAAUUAUUGUAAUCAAAGUAAUAGUUUUAGAGUGGCAACAGGCGACGAGUUGGCCGAAUGUAUGGAGACAACAGUGUUGGAGAAUACCCAAAUUUACAUGUAUGCGCACAAAAAAACUGAAACCGCAGAAACGUCAGCAGUCAAUACAACAAGGAUGGCACCGGGAUUUUAUAACGGUAAUAACGAUAUACAGCCACAGUUGCGUAUUAAAAGAAAACGUCAAUCGGUAGCGGUUGGCAGAGAAAGAGCAGUGGGAAAUGCGCGCAACGGUAGCAACAGCACAAUUCGUCAACUAAUUAAAACAUCGUCGCCGAGCAGACAUCACCAUCAGCUUCAACACUGCCGCAAACAAGACUUGUAAAGAAACAAGAUAAACUUCAAAGAAAAUACGAAUGUUGCUGAUGACAAGUUAUACUCAGAAAGCUGUUGCUGUUUUUGCUAAUAUUCUUAUGCUUGACCAAGAGAUAUUCAGACAUAGAGAAAUUUACUAUACUAUAUCGAGAAAAUAUGAAAUGAACAAUCGUGUUUGGAGGAAUAAAAUGUGAUAAUGUACUUGAAUUUUUGGAAUUCACAUAAUAAUAAUAGACCGACAAUUUGCUAAUGCCAAAUUAGCAGCGCUAAAAGCCAAUAAAUGUUUUAGUAGAUCGAAGAAAAUGCGUCAUACAAGGAGAGUAUAUUGAGUGCAUGGAUAUUUUUGAAUUCACAUUUUUAUUGAGUAUAUUAUAGCAUUUAAUGUUUUUAGCGUUGUGGAAUUUAGGAAAGCACAUUUUUGCUCUACAGCUUAGUAUUUCUUAAUCGGCGCUAUUUGAACCCGAAAUGCACGCUAUCAGAAGUACAACACUCAGUUGGCUUAAAAGCUGUCGUCAAAAAUAUAUUGUUUGAAUGCUAUUUAAAAAAUGCAUGUUCAUUUGCAGUUAAUUUUCAUUUAGUUGUGCUGUUUUAUUUUGGAAAAAAAGCCUUGAAAUGCCUUUGAAACGCCAAUCGGUUCGCAUUUUUGUUUUAGAUUAGCUUAUUAAGUUACUUUUUUUAACUACAAAUAAGAAGCAAAACGUUGUACAGUAAUUUUAUUUAUUACUUAAAUAUUUGAAAAUCAAUAUUCGUUAACGCUUUUUGGUGCGCUUAUUAAAAAGCCAGCCAGUCGCGGUUGAUUUGAUGGAAAACUCCUGGUCUUGUUGGUCAGUAGUGUUGAUCAUUUUCAUGCUGACAAUUUUCGGUCAUUCGAAAUGUUAAUACAUGUUUUUUUUUUCUAUUUUUAUGAGCAACAUAUGAUAUCAAUAUACUUAUAUACGAAAAUAGAAAGAAAAGGGACAAAUAAGUAAAAAUUCAAGUAUAAUUAAAGUAUAAAGCUGAAAUGAACCAAUUGCGUUAAUGUCUAGGCUAAGAUCUGGAAUACAUGAAUUUCAGCCCGAAAUUGUAUAUUGUUUAGUUGAGCAAAGGCGAAAACUAAAGAAGAAAAAUGUACCAAUCAUAAAGGCAAACAACAGUCACAUCAGCAAAAAAAAAAAC